UUUUACAUCUUUUAUUUCUGAAAAACCACUAUACGAAGGAAUCUUCAUCGACUCGUUUAUUCACAGAUCCGACACAAUACCGCCACAUCCGGGUUCGAAUCGCAUACCCCGGGUCGGGUUUUCGUUCCUUCAGCUUCUUCAAGCUUUCAACCCCCAUGCUGGCUCAGCGAGUUUAGGGCCCGAGCUUUUGAUUCUGAAUCGAGAAUGGCUAGGGUUUACAGCAAUUGGGAUAGGCUGGUUCGAGCCACCUUGAGAAGAGAGCAGUUACGAGAUUCAGGCCAAGGCCAUGAGCGUGUCAACAGCGGACUCGCCGGAGCCGUUCCGCCGUCACUCGGCCGAGCUACGAACAUCGAUGCUAUCUUACAAGCUGCUGACGAGAUUCAGGCCGAAGAUCCUAACGUCGCGAGGAUCCUGUGUGAGCAAGCGUACUCUAUGGCGCAGAACUUGGACCCUAACAGUGAUGGUAGAGGUGUUCUUCAAUUCAAAACUGGUUUGAUGUCAGUCAUUAAGCAAAAACUUGCCAAGAGAGAUGGAGCUUCGAUAAACCGUGAUCGUGAUAUUGAACGACUAUGGCAGUUUUACCAACUUUAUAAAAGACGGCAUAGAGUGGAUGAUAUCCAAAGGGAAGAGCAAAAAUGGAGGGAAUCAGGAACUGCUUUUUCGUCUAAUGUUGGGGAGAUCUUGAAGAUGAGGAAGGUCUUUGCCACUUUGAGGGCCUUAGUUGAAGUGUUAGAGGUGUUAAGUAGAGAUGCAGAUCCAAAUGGUGUUGGGAGGUCUAUCAGAGAGGAGCUUGGGCGAAUUAAAAAAGCUGAUGCAACUUUGUCUGCGGAACUAACUCCUUACAAUAUUGUCCCUCUAGAAGCGCAGUCCAUGACCAAUGCAAUAAGUGUUUUCCCGGAAGUCCGUGGUGCGAUACAGGCGAUUAGAUACACUGAACAUUUCCCUAAGCUUCCUGAUGAUUAUGAGAUUUCCGGACAACGUGAUGCAGACAUGUUUGAUUUAUUGGAGUACAUCUUCGGGUUUCAGAAAGAUAAUGUAAGGAACCAAAGGGAGCAUCUGGUUCUCACACUUUCAAAUGCACAAUCUCAGCUCGGUUUACCCAGCCCGAAUGACCCAAAAAUUGAUGAGAAAGCAGUCAAUGAGGUUUUCUUGAAGGUUUUGGAUAACUACAUCAAGUGGUGCAAAUACUUGAGGAUACGCCUUGUUUACAACAAGUUAGAAGCCAUUAACCGGGACAGGAAGCUGUUUCUUGUUUCGUUGUACUUCCUAAUCUGGGGUGAAGCUGCUAAUGUCCGGUUUCUUCCAGAGUGUAUCUGCUAUAUUUUUCACAAUAUGGCCAAGGAAUUGGAUGCAAAAUUGGAUCACGGAGAAGCUGUCCGUGCUGACAGUUGCGUAAUUGAAAAUGGUUCUGUAUCAUUUCUUGAUCGAGUUAUCUCCCCUAUAUAUGCAGCAAUGUCAGCGGAAACUCUUCGAAACAACAAUGGGAAAGCUGCGCAUUCUGAAUGGCGGAAUUAUGAUGACUUCAAUGAAUACUUUUGGACGCCUGGCUGCUUUGAGUUAAGCUGGCCUAUGAAAACAGAGUCAAAAUUUCUAACUGGUCCCAAAGGGCGGAAAAGGACUGGUAAAAGCAGCUUUGUUGAGCAUCGGACAUACCUUCACCUUUUCAGAAGUUUUCACCGACUUUGGAUCUUCAUGGUUAUAAUGUUCCAGGCUUUGGCGAUUAUAGCCUUCAGGAAAGAGCAUCUCGAUAAAGAUACUUUCAAAAUCUUGCUCAGUGCUGGAGCUACAUAUGCUAUAAUGAACUUCAUUGAAAGUUUUCUUGAUGUUGUACUUAUGUAUGGCGCCUAUAGCAUGGCAAGAGGAAUGGCUAUAUCCAGGGUGUUUAUUAAGUUUUUCUGGUGGGGCUUGGGCUCAGUAUUUGUGGUAUAUGUUUAUGUGCAAGUUCUGCAGGAAAGAAAUAAACGAACCUCAGAUGAGUUCUUCUACCGCUUAUACAUUCUUGUAUUGGGUAGUUAUGCCGCUGUUCGCCUCAUCUUUGGACUUUUAGUCAAGCUUCCAGCAUGCCAUGCUCUGUCAGAAAUGUCAGAUCAAUCUUUCUUCCAGUUUUUCAAGUGGAUAUAUCAGGAACGUUACUUCGUUGGCCGUGGCCUCUUUGAGAACAUUAGCGAUUAUUGCAGGUAUGUGGCGUUUUGGUUGAUUGUCCUGGCCUCCAAGUUCACGUUUGCAUACUUUCUCCAGAUCAAACCACUUGUUAAACCCACCAAGACGAUCAUUGAUCUUCCUUCGUUUGAAUAUUCAUGGCAUGAUAUUGUCUCAAAAAGUAACGAUCAUGCGCUGACCAUUGUUAGCUUGUGGGCUCCAGUUGUGUGUAUAUAUCUUAUGGAUAUUCAUAUAUGGUACACACUCUUGUCUGCUAUCAUUGGUGGUGUGAUGGGAGCAAAAGCUCGUCUAGGCGAGAUACGCUCCAUUGAGAUGGUUCAUAAGCGUUUUGAGAGUUUUCCAGAAGCUUUUGCCAAGAACCUUGUCUCUCCUGUUGUAAAAAGAGUAUCAUUCGGCCAACAUACUUCUCAGGAUGGUCAAGACAUGAACAAGGCAUAUGCUGCAAUGUUUUCCCCUUUUUGGAAUGAGAUAAUAAAAAGCUUAAGAGAGGAAGAUUAUAUAAGCAACAGGGAGAUGGAUUUGCUUUCUAUACCCAGUAACACGGGAAGUCUUGGACUAGUCCAGUGGCCCUUGUUUCUUCUCUGCAGUAAGAUUUUGGUAGCCAUUGAUUUAGCCAUGGAGUGCACAGAAACGCAGGGUGUACUUUGGAGACAAAUAUGCGACGAUGAAUACAUGGCGUAUGCUGUUCAGGAGUGCUAUUACAGCGUUCAGAACAUAUUGAAUUCCAUGGUUGAUGGUGUAGGGCGACGUUGGGUGGAAAGAGUUUUUAUGGAAAUUAGCAACAGUAUACAGGAGGGUUCCCUUGCUAUAACUCUGAAUCUUAAGAAGCUUCAGUUGGUCGUUUCCAGAUUUACGGCAUUAACUGGGCUUUUGAUUCGAAACGAAACUCCAGCUCUUGCAAAAGGUGCGGCAAAAGCUAUGUUUGAUUUUUACGAGGUGGUCACGCAUGACCUUCUUGCAGAGAAUUUGAGGGAUCAGCUCGAUACAUGGAAUAUUCUAGCACGGGCUAGAAACGAGGGGAGUCUCUUUUCUAAUAUUGAGUGGCCUAGAGAUCCAGAAAUUAUAGAGCAGGUCAAGCGGCUACACCUUCUUCUUACUGUGAAGGAUGCUGCUGCUAAUGUCCCAAAAAAUCUUGAAGCUAGGAGAAGAUUGGAGUUUUUUACAAAUUCUUUAUUUAUGGAUAUGCCCCAAGCAAAGCCCGUUGCUGAAAUGGUACCGUUUAGUGUCUUCACCCCAUACUACAGUGAGACAGUUAUCUAUAGUUCCUCAGAACUGCGAAGUGAGAAUGAAGAUGGGAUAUCUACUCUCUUUUAUCUUCAGAAGAUAUUUCCUGAUGAAUGGGAGAAUUUUUUGGAGAGGAUUGGUAGGUCUGACUCAACAGGGGACGCAGAUCUUCAAGAAAGUGCAACUGAUGCUUUGGAGCUUCGAUUUUGGGUGUCUUUUCGAGGCCAGACUUUAGCAAGGACAGUGCGAGGAAUGAUGUAUUACCGAAGGGCGUUGAUGCUCCAGAGUUUCUUAGAAAGACGAGGCUUGGGAGUGGAUGAUUUUUCUCUGACCAACAUGCCACGAGGGUUUGAAGCAUCACCUGAAGCACGAGCUCAAGCAGACCUGAAAUUUACAUAUGUUGUGUCAUGUCAAAUUUAUGGGCAACAGAAACAGCAAAAGAAACCAGAGGCUACUGAUAUCGCACUUUUGUUGCAAAGAUUUGAGGCACUUCGAGUCGCUUUCAUACACUCAGAGGAUGUUGGUGUUGAAGGGAAAAAGGAAUUCUAUUCUAAGUUAGUAAAAGCUGACAUUCACGGAAAAGAUCAGGAAAUUUAUUCAAUUAAACUUCCCGGAGAUCCUAAACUUGGGGAAGGAAAGCCUGAGAAUCAAAAUCAUGCGAUCGUUUUCACUCGUGGAGAAGCCAUCCAGACCAUAGAUAUGAAUCAGGACAAUUAUCUCGAGGAGGCAAUCAAAAUGAGAAAUCUACUUGAAGAGUUUCAUGGAAAGCAUGGAAUUCGACGUCCUACCAUUUUGGGCGUUAGAGAGCAUGUUUUCACGGGAAGUGUUUCAUCAUUGGCGUGGUUUAUGUCCAAUCAAGAAACCAGUUUUGUGACUCUGGGUCAACGUGUCUUAGCAUAUCCACUUAAAGUUCGAAUGCACUAUGGGCAUCCAGAUGUGUUCGAUAGAGUAUUUCAUAUAACUCGCGGUGGGAUCAGCAAAGCAUCCCGUGUUAUUAACAUCAGUGAAGAUAUAUAUGCUGGAUUUAACUCGACACUCAGGCAGGGAAAUAUCACCCACCAUGAGUACAUUCAGGUUGGUAAAGGAAGAGAUGUAGGACUCAACCAGAUUGCCCUAUUUGAAGGGAAGGUGGCGGGUGGAAAUGGAGAACAAGUUCUUAGUAGGGAUGUCUACAGGAUUGGGCAGCUGUUUGAUUUCUUUAGGAUGAUGUCGUUCUACUUCACAACGGUUGGGUUCUAUGUCUGCACAAUGAUGACCGUCCUUACUGUGUACGUGUUUCUCUACGGAAGAGUGUAUCUGGCCUUUUCGGGUUCUGAUCGUGCAAUCUCAAGAGUAGCCAAACUCUCUGGUAACACUGCACUGGAUGCUGCGCUCAAUGCACAGUUUUUGGUCCAGAUUGGAGUCUUUACUGCGGUUCCUAUGGUUAUGGGUUUCAUACUUGAACUUGGGUUACUGAAGGCUAUUUUCAGCUUUAUUACGAUGCAAUUUCAGCUGUGCUCGGUCUUUUUCACAUUUUCACUUGGGACAAGGACUCAUUACUUUGGACGUACUAUCCUUCAUGGUGGUGCAAAGUAUCGAGCUACUGGCAGAGGCUUUGUGGUUCAGCACAUCAAGUUUGCGGAUAAUUACAGACUCUAUUCCAGAAGUCAUUUUGUGAAAGCUUUUGAAGUAGCUCUACUGCUGAUUGUCUACAUUGCCUACGGGUAUACGGAUGGAGGUGCUGUCUCGUUCGUUCUGCUUACUAUCAGCAGUUGGUUCCUGGUAAUCUCCUGGCUGUUUGCACCGUACAUCUUCAACCCAUCUGGAUUCGAAUGGCAAAAGACCGUUGAGGAUUUCGAUAAUUGGGUCAGUUGGCUGAUGUACAAAGGUGGAGUAGGAGUAAAGGGAGAGCUCAGUUGGGAGUCGUGGUGGGAGGAAGAACAGAUGCAUAUCCAAACAUUAAGAGGACGGAUUCUGGAGACCAUUUUGAGCUUGAGGUUCUUCAUGUUUCAGUAUGGCGUCGUGUACAAGCUCAAUCUCACUGCGAAAGACACCUCACUUGCGUUAUAUGGCUACUCCUGGAUAGUGUUGGUUGCAGUUGUGCUCCUGUUUAAGCUAUUCUGGUAUAGCCCCAGGAAGUCCAGCAACAUCCUGCUGGCUCUGCGUUUCCUUCAGGGAGUGGUUUCUCUCGUAGUCAUCGCCCUCAUCGCUUUAGCAAUUGCGUUGACAGAUCUAUCCAUUCCAGACAUGUUUGCAUGUGUACUCGGCUUCAUCCCGACAGGUUGGGCCAUACUGUCUUUAGCCAUCACGUGGAAGCGGUUGAUCAAGCUGUUUGGGUUGUGGGAAACGGUCCGCGAGUUUGGACGUAUUUAUGAUGCUGCGAUGGGGAUGCUCAUCUUUGCUCCCAUUGCUCUCCUCUCCUGGUUCCCGUUCAUCUCGACGUUCCAGUCUCGUCUACUCUUCAACCAGGCCUUCAGUCGUGGACUCGAGAUCUCCAUCAUCCUUGCCGGAAACAGAGCGAACGUUGAGACUUGAGAGGUUUAGUGUUGGAAGUAGAAGAAACUUGUUUGUUGGGAAUGUAAAUGAGCUUUUGUAGAGUUUGUUAGAACAUCAUUGAAAGCUCGCUUUUGGAUUUUUUUUUAAUCUCUUUGGAAUCUUGUUUGUGUGUUUUUUUCUCUAGCUUGAAUGUUGUGAUACUGGGCUUUGACUAUGCAUUGAUUGAUGAUGACUUACUUCAUUUUGUGUAA